AUCCACAGACAAACACUGAUUGGCUAUAACUACCUAUGUUAUCACAUUCGAAUGAAAACAAUAAUGGUAGAACGUUGAGGCGAUCGCUUCAUGUUUUCCAAUGCAACAGCAACCAGAAUAAAAAUAGAACAGCACAACGGUUAUCACACGAAUUCGCCAUGACUGCAAAUGAAGGGUGCGAAAUAAUGGUUUUUCAGCCAUCUUUUGAAGAAUUUAAAAACUUCUCCCAAUAUAUAAGUUACAUGGAAUCGAAAGGAGCUCAUAAGGCUGGAGUAGCCAAGGUUAUACCUCCAAAGGAAUGGUGUCCUGUCAGAAGGUACAAUAUGAAGCGAAUUGGUGAAAUUAAAAUUGAAACGCCUGUUUCGCAAACAGUCACUGGACAACAAGGUUUAUUUCAAUUAUUUAAUGUGCAGAAGAAAUCAAUAAAAGUUAAAGACUUUAAAGAAUUAGCAGAAAGUCCUAGGUACAAACCUCCUGAUGGUGAUUUAGACAAAAUUGAACGUAAAUUCUGGAAAAACAUUACAUUUAACCCUGCAAUAUAUGGUGCAGAUAUCCCUGGAAGUAUAUAUGAUAAAGGAGUGAAAUAUUGGAACAUUAAUCAUUUAAACACUAUACUGGAUACAUUGAAUACAGACAGUAAAGUUAAAAUUCUUGGUGUAAACACAGCAUACUUAUAUUUUGGCAUGUGGAAAACCACAUUUCCUUGGCAUACAGAAGAUAUGGAUUUGUAUAGUAUAAAUUAUUUGCACUUUGGUGCUCCCAAAUCUUGGUAUGCUGUGCCGCCCGAGCAUGGAAAGCGAUUAGAAACUUUAGCAAAAGGCUUCUUUUCUGGCAGUUUUCAAGACUGUUCGGAAUUCAUGCGGCAUAAAAUGACGAUGAUUUCACCACAUGUGCUGCGCAAGUUUUCCAUACCUGUAAAUAAAAUCACGCAAUAUGAAGGUGAAUUUAUGAUUACCUUUCCAUUUGGGUAUCAUUCGGGCUACAAUCAUGGCUUUAAUUGUGCUGAAUCUACAAAUUUUGCAUCACAUCGGUGGAUUGAAUUUGGAAAGAAAGCAAAGCAUUGCGAAUGCAUCGGUGAUUCAGUAAAGAUUGAUAUGGACAUAUUCAUACAGAAAUACCAACCAGAGGAAUGGAAAAUUUUGCAGCAAGAAAGAAGGCAAGAAAAACAAGUCGACUCACAUAAUAAAAGAAAAACGGCUCGUGCAAACUAUUCUUCAGAUUCAAAGGAUACAGAAGAAAGUGAAGUAGAGUCUUCUGAGGUUGAGAGCAACGAUACUGAAGAUGAGAGUGAUGACGAUGACGUUGAUGAUGAAAAUGAGGUUGAAAUAAAAGAUGAUAGUGAUGAAGAAUCCACAGAGGAAGAAGGGGACGAUACAAACAAUGAAGCAAGUAAUGGUGUGAAAGAAACAACAAAGAAAUCAACUAUUCCAAAAAAAAGCAACAAAAAUAUUAGCAACACUAAACGCAGGAGUUUGAGACAGAGAAAGCUUCAAAGAUCUAAACGACAUCCCAUCCACAGAAAACGUAAAACAUCUGUUGAAGAGACGAUCGAAGAAGAGGAAGAAGAAGAAAGUGAACGCAAAACCAACACACAACAUAACAAGGGAUCAUCACCACUUGCAUUUGUUCUUGGUGAUGUUUGGUCACACACAGAUCCUGCGAAGAGCAAGGAGAACUUACUCAACAAAAUAUUAUCAGAAACAGAAACAAAGUGUUCAAUAUGUGUUUACUUUAGUCAAUCUGAUGCUGAAUACCUUCAUACUGGUACAACUGUGAAACCUGAACAAAAUAAAAGGCGGUCUCUCAGUGCACUGAAAGUCGGGAAGCGUCUUGUGACUGAACUGUGUUUUGCAGAUGAUCACUCUGAAGAAACUGCUAUGGAAACUGCGUUUAAUUUGAUGUUUGGUGAAGAGAAGGAAGAAGAGUUGCAUUUGUUGAUUUGUGCAUCGUGUCAUCUAGCAGUUCAUAGCACUUGCUAUGGUGUGCCAGUUUAUGAGCGUUCAACAAAAUGGUUUUGUGACAAGUGUCAACAUCUAAAGCAGCAAAAACCUUCCAUAGUAAGAACUAACACAGAAUUACCGAAAACUGAUUCCGUAAAAACAAUUGAAAGCGAAACAGAAGAGGAAGAGAUAAUAGACACAGAGGAGGAGAGUGUAGAUAUUGAACUUGAGAAUGCUUCAGUAAACGAUAUAAAAUGCUGUUUGUGUUGCAUUCGUGGUGGAGCGUUAAAGCAAACUACAGAAGGGACUUGGUGUCACGUGGUAUGUGCGAUCGCACUUCCAGAAGUUACUUUUGAAAACAAGAAGCUGAGAGGACCUAUCAAUGCAAGUAAACUGAAUCCAGCGAGAAAAAAAUUAAAUUGUAUAUAUUGUAGCGAAAAUGUGAAGUUUAAUCAAGACAGAGGUGUGUGUGUCCAGUGCAAGUGUGGCAAAUGCGCUUCGCCCUUCCACGUGACGUGCGCUUUUCAUCACGGCAUUCCGCUGUAUUUCGGAGACUGGCCUGUUUUGAUAGAGACGCUUUGUCCGAAACACAUUAAACGGAAAACGCAACAGAAUGAAAAAAGGGUGCUACCUGAAGUUGCUACAAACGAUGUUGUUUUAGCGAAACACAAAAAUGGAAGAUAUUACAAGGGCCGUGUGUUGGAGGUCACGCAAACAUUGUUUUAUAAAGUAGUAUUCGAAGAUAAAUCGUUUUGUUUCGAUCUACCGCCAGAUGAUAUCCAGGGAAUAGAUGCUCGUACAAAUGUUGUACCCGAUGGUGAACUUGUUCAAAUACUUUGGCCUGACUCUAUAACUUACCGUGCUGAAGUGACAGGACAUUGGUACGAAGCUAUGUGUCAGGUUCGAUUUGAAGAUGGUUCGAUACUAAAUGUGAAACGCUCAGAUUUGUAUUUGCAGGAUGAAGAAAUUCCGAAAAAAAUCAAAACUAAAUUGUCAUAUGCAUCCGAAACAGCAAACAAAUUGUACCUACCCGAUAGUUUACGAAAUCGUCCGAAACGUCCCCGUGUUGGUACACGUAAAUGUGCGAGUGCACACAAAAAAUUGUAACGUUAAUUAUGCAUAGUAUAUUCCGUUUUAUCUUUGAACGGGAAUUUAUCGAUAGUUUAUCGGUAAUUUAUCCAAAUUUUUCGGUAAUGCAAAUGUUUAGCCAUGUGGUAAUUUGCAACAGGGCGUAGUUAACUUGUGGCUUACGAAACGUUUAAGUAACUCUGACGUGAAUUAGUUAAGUAGCUUUGUUGUGUUUUUGUUUUGCGAUUAAAAUUCUUAUCAAGGCCUGUACUGUUUCAGUACUUGCUACCACAAUUCAGUGUUGAUGUGAAAAAGUCAGUGUGAAACUGUAUACAUUAAAAUUUUGUCCAUAAAAGCGUUUAAAUUUGAAGUAUAAUUCCGAUAGGGGUCAGCGAAAGAAACAACGACGUUAGCCGAGGGCUGCAAUGGCCAGGGUCAACAAAGUACAUUUAUUGUUAGCAACGGUAUUUUUAAAAAAUUUACUAGUAUUACUCGUUAUUACUAGCUUCCGAAAAAUAGUCGCACCAUUUAAGAAACUUAAAGCGUUUACUGCAUCCCUGGGUGUCUUUUAAGCACCAUACUAUUAGGAAACAUUUAGUUUUGGCUAAUUUUAGGCGCGUUUGACAUUACGACUUUUUUCAUUGGCUGUAUCACAUUAAAUUUAUAGUUUAUAAGUGUUAGAAUCAGUUUGACGUGUUCAAACUACCAUCAGUUUGACAUGUUCAAAUUACAUUGUUAAAGUGUAUGUUUAUUGUUUUUAAAUUUGUUGAUGUUGUAAAUAAAUGCUGUUUAUUUAUUGAAAAAAUAAAUUUUCCUGUUUUUGGA